UCAAGUUAUACACACAAAGGUUUAAUUUACUACAAAUUUAAGCAUACUCUUUAUGUGUGAAAAAUAGGUGCAACAAACACAGCGUGAAUAAUUCUCGGAAAAACAGUACAUGCAUAAUGAGCUACUAUUGUUAGUAGUUGAAAGCCUCAUACUCAUAGUAUACCACAUAUAUCCUUUUCCGGGUUAUAAAAGCCUCAUGCUAGCAUGUAUACUACACACCAACCAAAAACAAAUAGAGAGUGUGAGUGAUUUGAUAUAGUAAAGAUGUUGCUAGGGGUUAAGAAAGCAUCUUUCUUGUUCUUGCUUUGUGCACAUGUAUUUGUGGCCAAUGUCGUUGCAAGAAAUAUAAACAAUGAAGAUGAGAAAAACCUUGUUCUCGAAUUUGGCAAGGGAGGUGGGUUUGGUGGAGGAGGAGGAGCUGGUGGUGGCGGCGGAUUUGGUGGAGGAGGAGGAUUUGGGGGUGGUGUUGGUGGAGGUGUCGGAGGAGGACAUGAGAUUGGAGGUGGGAUUGGGAAAGGCGGGGGACUUGGCAGUGGUGGUGGAUUUGGAAAAGGUGGUGGCAUAGGAGGAGGUGUUGGUGGGGGUUAUGGAAAGGGUGGAGGUCUUGGAGGUGGCUUUGGCAAGGGUGGAGGGUUAGGAGGUGGUGGUGGCUUUGGAAAAGGUGGUGGUGUUGGAGGUGGAAUUGGCAAAGGUGGAGGUUUUGGUGUUGGAGGAGGCUUUGGAAAAGGUGGUGGUGUUGGAGGUGGAAUUGGCAAAGGUGGAGGUCUUGGUGGUGGAGGUGGCUUUGGAAAAGGUGGUGGCAUUGGAGGGGGAAUUGGCAAAGGUGGAGGUUUUGGUGUUGGAGGAGGCUUCGGAAAAGGUGGUGGUGUUGGAGGGGGAAUUGGCAAAGGUGGAGGUCUUGGUGGUGGAGGUGGCUUUGGAAAAGGUGGUGGCAUUGGAGGGGGAAUUGGCAAAGGUGGGGGUUUUGGUGUUGGAGGAGGCUUUGGGAAAGGCGGCGGUAUUGGAGGUGGAAUUGGCAAAGGUGGAGGACUUGGUGGUGGUGGAGGCUUUGGAAAAGGUGGUGGCAUUGGAGGUGGAAUCGGCAAAGGUGGAGGUCUUGGUGUUGGAGGAGGCUUUGGGAAAGGAGGUGGUAUUGGCGGUGGAAUCGGCAAAGGUGCAGGUUUAGGCGGUGGUAUUGGUAAAGGUGGAGGUUUUGGCGGUGGUAUUGGAGGAGGAUUUGGCAAAGGUGGUGGUAUUGGAGGAGGUUCUGGCAGUGGUAUUGGUGGAUUCGGCAAAGGAGGUGGCUUUGGAGGAGGUGUUGGUGGAGGAGUCGGAAGUGGUUUUGGUGGUGGACUUGGCGGCGGUGGCGGAGGAGGUGGUGGAAUUGGACAGUUGCACCAUUGACCAUCAUCGUUGUCGUUGAUGGUUGGAUCCAUGAACUUAUAGUCUAAUAUAUCAUUUUUAAUAAACUUGCAUUAUUCAUAAAUAGUCCUAUAUAUAUAAAAAAAAUUGUAUGAGUGGAGUGAAAAUAUUACUCUUUUAAAUAAUUAUGUUGAUUAUCAUAUUAAUGUAUGAAAUUUUCGGAUUUGGAUCCUCUCGA